GACAUGAAAGGGAGCGAUACUGUCCGGCUUCUGCAACAUGCUCGGAAAACAGGACCACGAAUAGGAAAAAAGAUAAAUAACCGCCAAAUAAAGGGGACUAACAAGAAAAGGAAGGUAGAUCUUUACUUUUCGGGGUUGUUAUUGCACUGCCUGGACAGCUGCGUUGGACAAGCGGUGUGUGCUAUCCAUUAAACUGAACUCUGGACUUGAAACAUGACUCGAACAUGUCCGUUCGUUGUCGGGAUCGCCUGCUUUGCGAUUCUUGGUUGUGUGACAGUAGUCCAGUCUCAGGUCACUCUGGAGGUGACAGAGGGAAACUCCACCUGUAUAAAAGCUGAACUCUCCGCCUCCUUCUCCAUCACCUAUGACACCGCCAACGGCACGCGUACGGUGAUGGUGCCCCUCCCAGGGUCGGCGGUGGUGGGUGUGGCCAGCUCGUGUGGGGGUGACGGCCGCUCCCCCUGGCUCGUGGCGUUGUUCGGGGAUGGCCACGCCCUGGGCCUCGGCUUCUCAUCCAAUGACAGUCUGUACAGCGUUGCUAAACUCACCCUGCAGUAUAACCUCAGUGAUGUCUCCAACUUCCCAGAGGCCAACAGCACCGAUGUGGUAACUGUGGAGACGACCUCUGUAGGGAUGGUUGCUAGGGUCAACACCACCUACAGAUGUAUCAGCGCCUCACCUGUCAUUGUGGGAGGAGCCACCGUCACCUUCUCUAACGUCACCAUGGAAGCCUUCAUGACAGGAGAGGAUCUGAGCUCCAACGAGAGUGUGUGUACUGCUGACCAGAGCUUCACCACAGCCCCGCCUCCACCCCCCUCCACCACCACAGCAGCCCCCGCCCCCGUCCCCACCCCCCCUGGAACCCCCAGCCAGGGCAGCUACUCUGUCUCCAAUAGCAACGGGACCGUCUGUCUGCUGGCCCGCAUGGCACUGCAGCUCAACAUCUCCCACUUCUCUGCCUCGCAGAAUAAGACUAUCCAGGAAGUAGUAAACCUGCUGCCCAAUCAGACGACCAGCUCAGGAUCAUGUGACCCCACCAGCGCCACCCUGGUGCUGACGCAGGCCAAUGCCACAAACCUCAGCUUCCUGUUUACUCUGAACAGCACGUCUAACAGGUACCACCUGACUGGUCUGUCUGUGGUAGCAGCUUGGUCUGAUAUGACAGCCCCGUUCAACACCAGUAACAGUAGUCUGGACUACCAGCGUGGCUCCCUGGGCCGUAGCUACAUGUGUAUUUCAGAACAGACUCUGGUUGUAGACCAGAACUUCUCCCUCAACACCUUCCAGCUGCAGGUCCAGCCCUUCGGCAUCACCAGAGGACAGUUCGCACAAGCGGAGGAGUGCCAGUUGGAUCAGGAUAACAUGUUGAUUCCCAUCGUUGUGGGAGCCGCUCUGGCCGGCCUGGUUCUCAUCGUUCUCAUCGCUUACCUCAUCGGCAGGAAGAGGAGCCAUGCUGGAUACCAGACCAUCUGAGAACACUGACACACAACCUGUGUGUAUCAAACGGCACCCUAUUCCCUAUAUAGUGCACUACUUUUGACCAGAGGUCUAUGGGGUAGUGCACUACUUUUGACCAGAGGUCUAUGGGGUAGUGCACUACUUUUGACUAGAGGUCUAUGGGGUAGUGCACUACUUUUGACUAGAGGUCUAUGGGGUAGUGCACUACUUUUGACUAGAGGUCUAUGGGGUAGUGCACUACUUUUGACCAGAGGUCUAUGGGGUAGUGCACUACAUUUUUAGUCAUUUAGCAGACGCUCUUAUCCAGAGCGACUUACAGUAGUGAAUGCAUACAUUUCAUAAAACAUUUUUUUUCCCUCCGUACUGGUCCCCCGUGGGAAUCGAACCCACAACCCUGGCAUUGCAAACACAAUGCUCUACCAACUGAGCCACACGGGACUAGAGGUCUAUGCGGAUUCUGGUCAAACUUAGUGCACAAUAUAGGGAGUCUUUUCAGACAGACUGCAGAGAGCCUGACGCUCCAACCAACCACUGCUACUGAUGACUGACUGGACCAUGUACAAACCCAGCCCUCUCUGCAGUGUGUGUGUGUCCUCUGUAUAUUGUUAUUCACAGCAGCUCAUGCUCAGCUACCUACUAACAGACUACUGCCUGGUCAAACCUACUAUCCCCCUCGUCUCUCUGUCUCUAGCCCAUCUCCACUGCAGCUGGCUCAGUAUACCUUUUUAGUUCUGAUAUCAUUUCAUGUUUGACUUGGGUGGAUUCUCGCUUUAAAAGGAAUUUAAAGAUUUUUUAAAAAUAAAUCUGAUAUUAAAUGAUAGUAUUCUCUUAUGGAAGAGUGGGUCUUUGCUAGAACCACGUUUUGUGGUGGACUCAACCAGCUUCCCUUCCUUCCUCAUCUCCUUUCCUUCAGGACCACCAUCUUUUCUAUGACAUCACCUAGGGAGGUCUGAAGACUCCUGUGGGGGGAAAAAGGGAAACUUCAAUGUCUAACAACUCCACUGUGGUCAGAAAUACUGACCGGAUUAUCUUGUAUGUCACAAGAACAUUUGACAGGCCGUAUGUGGGGGGUUGUGUUUUUACUGCAUUUCAAAACAAAGGGGUGUGGACGGUGUUGGACUGAGGAACAGAACAAGCUGGUUACCUGAUGGAUGUGUUGAACUGGUGUGAAAUAUAGUGGAACUCUUCCUCUCCUCCCAUGAGAUUGUGUUGAUAUCGAUUGUAGCAAGUUGAUCUGAUUUUUGUAGAGAAUGCUUUGAUCAUUUUUCUUAUAUGCGUCUUGCUAAGGUCAAUAAAAGACAUUUGAAACUUU